AUGUCAACCUUCCGGCAGCAGCCAGACCUCAGGACUACGCUCUGGGUGCCGCUUCGUCCGGUAGCGUCGCACCUUGAAGACCCCUUCGGAGCCGUCAAGAUUGCGGCGACCUACCACUCGAAAGACUGCGUGCCCCAAGGAUACCUGUUCGCGCUGUUCUGUGGCCUGGUUCCCCUAUCGUGGAUGGACACUCUCGCUACCGCGUUCUCAUCCUGUGACGACAAUCUGAGUAGCAAGACCAGCGAUCGGAUCUGGUCUCCCAAGGUAUCCUCGUCAAGGAAGGCCAAACGACCCUCAGACGCUGCUGCCGACAGCAGACUCAAGUCGUCAUCGAACGACACCAAGAUGCCGGCCUCGGUGACUCCCACGACAUCAUCUCCCGCGGUGGCGGCAUGAACCACCCUCCUUGCGUACAGAAAUGGGAAAAUUAUUGGGGGCUGCUUGAGAUUCUCAUUCGUGUGUUUGGUCGUCGGUGACCUGCGGAACCCUUGCGCUUGGCUGCACUUCUCGCUCUGUUUCAAUAUGUGGUUGUUCAAUGCUUCGAAGCACAGGAGUAUUUUCGGUCGUUUCCGGCGCCCAUCCUUUCAGAAUUUCCCGUACCUUUUGAGCGUUCGUGGCCUGUCUUGUUCCUCAUGGUGUUUCCUGGUCGAGUAUGUAAGUCGUUUCACUACCCUCACACCCUCCAGAGCUCAUUCGUGUGACGCUACCAUGCAGCGCCGAUGCAUGCUGAAAUAAGCGGUUAGCGUGCACGUUUAUCUCGGUUUUCUGAAAUCGAGAUCUACAGGCGGUCAUCUACCAAGCUUCUGGAGUGGUUAAUGUUCAUGGAUUUCUUAGUCUACUACUUGCAGCCUCGUGAGAAAUAUAGUGUUCCCUAUCGCUAUGCACAUGAGGGUCUAUCUUCAUAGUUUCGCGAUCUUUUUGAUGCAUGGUUUUACACUCCUUAACUUGUCGGGUAAUGCCCGACCCAGAGGGUGGUCGGGCGUGUCGUAUGUUACAUAUCGCACCAGGUUUGGAUUGGUUGACAUAGUGGUGGGAGUGCCUUGCGUAUGGCGUAAUAGCGGUGAUGGUAGGCAUUAGUCGGUCGGGGAGGUAUAGGUCGGGUGGGAGGAGUGAUGUCGGGCGUGUCGUAUGCCACACAUCGCACCAGGUUCGGUUUGGUUGAUAACGUGGAAGGAGUGCCCUGCGCAUGCGUAAAAGCGGUGAUGGUAGGAAUAGGUCGGGCGGGGAGGUGUACGCCGGGCGGGAGGAAGGAUAUCGGGCGUGUCGUAUGCUACACAUCACACCAGUGUUUUACGUAUGGCGUAAAAGCGGUGAUCGUAGGCAUAUGUCUGUGGGGAGGUAUCGGUCGGGCGGAGGGAGGGAGAUAGUUUGUGUGGGAGAGUGGUUCCGAUAUAUUUCAUCACAAGGUCACUCUGCCGUAGUACCAGCUUCAGCUCUACGCAUCAUUCACAUUUCCGGCUUCCCAACCCUAUUGUAGCAUUCGCACCCUCCAUCGUUUGAGUGCAAUGCCUAUGUGGCCUUUGGUGUCCGUGGUGGCACCUUGUUCAUUUUUUAGCGUGAGCUUGCUUGCUUAUUUGGGCUUGCUUGUGAUCUUCUUUUUCGGUUAAUUCUUCGGCCAACGACGAGCUCGCGAUUAUUGGUGAUUUUUUAUUCUUUCCACAAACAAAGCCGUGUUUUGUUGGGAAUCGAAUGUGGUUUAGAUGUAACUCUCGAAGUUGUGUGGAAUGUGGAAGGAACAUGGUUAUCAACAUCUAACGUUUGGAUUUGAGCCUGCAUUGGUGUCUCGGU